UUGAUAGUUGUUUUGUUAUUGUUAUCAGUCAAUCCAAAAUCAUUAACAUUUUAUCAAAAUUCGACCGUGUCCAUCCAAUUUAGCUGAAACGAUUCUAACUUUCUUCAGAGCAUUAGAAAAAAUUUUGGAAAAAUGUCAAAUGUUCUAUUCACCCGAAAUCCAUCUGAGUUGAUGGAUCCUGAUCCUGACGUAUGGGAUGACACUCUUCUGAUCGAAGCUUAUGAGAGAGCUGUGAACCCUAUUAAAAUGGCAAUUGCUAGUAAGUUGGAAGGUGCUGGCCCCAGUGGUGAUCAAGGAAAGAUGAAAUCUGGACGAAUCAAGGAUUUUAAAGCAGGAAUGCCAGUACGAGCUUUAUACAGUGAGGAUUGUAAAUAUUAUGAAGGUGUUGUUCUGAAAGUAUUCAAAGACACCUGCCUCAUAAAAUAUUUAGGUUACAACAAUAAGGAAAUGGUCCCCAAAAAGAAUAUUUGGGAAUCCCAUGGUGAAAAAGCUAUUCAAAAACAACUUGAGGAAGCAGCAGCUGAAAUUUUAGUAACAAGUAAACUGACAGAAACUAGUGAAGAAGAGACUGAUGCUUCGAAUGAAUUUGAUUCAAGCAAACCGUGUAUCAAUGAGUGCCUUACCAAGAAAGCAUCAUCAACAAAAUCAUGUAACUCACCUCCAUUCGUGCCACGGAGCAUGCCAAUGAUCCCUCCACCAAUACCUCCUCACAUCAUGAAUCAAUUCCCGCAGAGUGAAUCGGAACUUAUUUCUUCCAUGCUCAUGUCUUGGUAUAUGAGUGGUUAUCACACAGGUUAUUGGCAAGGUUAUAAAUCAUCUCAAAAGCAAUUUCAAGGCAGCAACCGCAAGAAGAGGGGUAGAUCUUGAACAUCUGAAGAGGCUCUUUGUUCAAAUCCAAAAGAAUUGGUCUUAAGUUUCAAAUGUGCCAGGAGGCUCCUCUCCUUUAAAGAUUUACGUGUUCCUCUAAAUCUCUCCCGAAUUUUUUAUUAUUUUUCUUCAAUCUUAAGUUGCAUUUUGUUUGGUGUAACAGUUGCAUAUAAGUGAGUAGCAUUCUGAUUAUGUUACCGAUUGUUAGAGCCUCUCUGAUCGGACAUUUUUGUUCAUAAUAGGAACUCUGUUACUGCGUAUUGAUGCGUGACAACCUGUAACACCUGCAAUGCACUAGGAGCAGGCUCCAAAAUUGUUAUUGAAAUUGUUGCAGGGUUCCUAAUCAUGCUUCCUUCAACUGCUCUCCCAUUGGCUGUGAGAAAGUAACUCAGGAUUCGGUUUUUCUGCAACAUGUUAUAACUGUUACACCAAACGAAAUAUGAAUCUGUUUUCCAAAA